GCUUCGCAGUUGCGAGUUUCCUUGGGGAAGGUGAGCCGUGUCACCGCGUCGCCGCCGUCGCGCAUAAUAAAACCCGCCUCUGGCAGUUGCCUAGGACACAACUUCUCGAAGGCUGAACUCGAAAACCGCGAGGUCUUUUAAGACUCUUCACUGUUUCUUACAGUUUGGGGAUUGAAAACACCGCCGACAUUUUGUAAGCUAAGCUAGCCGGUUAGCCGACCUGUCAAGAUGUUGAGUGUCGCCAGAAGCGUUUCAAGGACUCUGCCUUCAAAGAGCUGCGCAAGAAGCGUGUCUUCCCUUGUCAAGAAGGCAUGCUGGAAUGGCUUUCAACCUGAUGUCUUCAAGACCGUUUCCAGAAGGGACUAUGCGUCGGAGGCUAUUAAGGGCUCAGUCGUUGGCAUUGACCUUGGAACCACCAACUCAUGUGUCGCCAUCAUGGACGGGAAACAGGCCAAGGUGUUGGAGAAUGCAGAGGGAGCAAGAACCACUCCUUCAGUCGUUGCUUUCACAGCAGAUGGGGAGCGACUGGUGGGCAUGCCUGCCAAACGUCAAGCUGUUACUAACCCCAACAAUACGCUCUACGCCACCAAGAGACUCAUCGGGCGUCGCUUCGAUGACCACGAGGUCCAGAAAGACCUAAAGAAUGUGCCCUACAAGAUUGUACGUUCAUCCAAUGGUGAUGCUUGGGUAGAGGCUCAUGGAAAACUCUACUCCCCCAGCCAGGCUGGAGCCUUCAUCCUCAUGAAGAUGAAGGAAACUGCAGAGAAUUACCUGGGUCACAAUUUGAAGAAUGCAGUGAUCACUGUGCCAGCUUACUUCAAUGACUCACAGAGACAGGCCACAAAGGAUGCUGGCCAGAUAGCUGGUCUGAAUGUUCUGCGUGUCAUCAACGAGCCAACAGCUGCUGCACUUGCUUAUGGACUGGACAAAACCCAAGACAAGAUUAUUGCAGUGUAUGAUCUGGGUGGAGGUACGUUUGAUAUCUCGGUCCUGGAGAUCCAGAAAGGUGUGUUUGAGGUUAAGUCAACCAAUGGGGACACUUUUCUGGGAGGAGAGGACUUCGACCAGCAUCUCCUCAAGCACAUUGUCAAGGAGUUCAAGAGAGAGUCUGGUGUGGAUCUGACCAAAGACAACAUGGCCCUACAGAGAGUCCGAGAAGCCGCUGAGAAGGCGAAGUGUGAGUUGUCCUCAUCGCUACAGACUGACAUAAAUCUGCCAUACCUAACCAUGGAUGCUUCCGGUCCCAAACAUCUCAACAUGAAACUGACGCGCUCCCAGUUUGAGGGCAUCGUAGCUGACCUGAUCCGCCGUACGAUUGCACCCUGUCAAAAGGCCAUGCAGGACGCUGAGGUGUCCAAGGGAGAUAUAGGGGAGGUACUGCUGGUUGGAGGCAUGAGCCGUAUGCCUAAGGUUCAACAAACUGUACAGGACCUAUUUGGACGUGCACCCAGCAAGUCUGUCAAUCCUGAUGAGGCUGUCGCCAUAGGAGCUGCCAUCCAGGGUGGGGUUUUAGCUGGUGAUGUCACAGAUGUGCUGUUGCUUGACGUCACACCGCUGUCACUGGGGAUUGAGACUUUGGGUGGGGUCUUCACUAAGCUCAUCAACAGGAACACCACAAUUCCAACCAAGAAGAGCCAGGUAUUCUCCACAGCCGCAGAUGGACAGACUCAGGUGGAGAUCAAGGUUUGUCAGGGAGAGAGAGAAAUGGCAGCUGACAACAAGGUGCUGGGUCAGUUCACCCUGGUUGGCGUCCCCCCUGCUCCCCGUGGUGUACCGCAGAUUGAGGUUACCUUCGACAUCGAUGCCAAUGGAAUUGUCCAUGUCUCUGCCAAGGACAAGGGCACAGGGCGUGAGCAGCAGAUUGUGAUCCAGUCUUCAGGAGGACUCAGUAAAGAUGACAUUGAGAACAUGAUCAAAAAUGCUGAGAAGUACGCUGAAGAGGACAGGAGGAGAAAGGACCGUGUAGAAGCUGUCAACAUGGCAGAGGGCAUCGUCCACGACACAGAAUCAAAAAUGGAGGAGUUUAAGGACCAGCUUCCUGCUGAUGAGUGCACCAAGCUGAAGGAGGAGAUCUCCAAGGUUAAGGAUCUUCUGGCCAACAAAGACUCAGAAACGGGGGAGAACAUCAAACAAGCUGCAACCAACCUGCAGCAGGCAUCACUGAAACUCUUUGAGAUGGCUUACAAGAAGAUGGCGUCGGAGCGGGAAGGCAGCAGUGGCAGCAGCAGCAGCUCGGGCUCUUCAGAGGGAGAGAAGAAGGAAGGCCAGCAGUAGAGCGCCCACUGACCUUUGCACUUAGUUGCCAUGGAGACGCCGUGGCAGCGGAAGACCUGCGGGCUUGGGGUGGGGCACCAUCCUGAGCGACAAAAUGCAUUCGUAGUCAUUCUCACAAAAUAUACUGUGUUUUGGCAGUAAAACUAUAGUGAUAAGAUAAAUCAUUACUGUUAUUGUCUUUUUCCUUCAACUAGUACAGUAUCCAGUCUGUUUGUAAUUUAAUUGUUUGAGGAUGGUGUAGCCUUACAUGUCUGUUUUUGUUUUACAAUGUUUAUUUUGCAUUCUGAGUUGAUACAGUAGUUAAGAACUCUUGUGGAAAGCGGUGUCGAGAAUUUAUUUUUAUGGAUAUGUCCGGGUGGACAAGCGCCGGUGUGAAUGCAGUAGAUCGAAGAGGUCUGGCUUGUUUUGUCGCAAAGUCAGUUUCUCUGCUCUGCUUGGGACUCAUUGAAUCAGAUAAAACAUUGUCCACAGUAAUGACGGGCUGUCCUCUGUGCCUAGCUCACAUUCUACAUAUUGUAUAAUGCUCCAUGUCUGCCACAGCCAUUGUAUUUGAUAGCGUGCCCAAAACGACUCCGGUGUUGGAAGUUUCUCACCUCCCAAGCUGAAAGGACUAGUCCUGGCUGGAGAACUUUGUAAAACUCCCACGAGCAAGUGCCCCUCCCACUAAAGCUUCUGAUGACGACACGUUCUUCUUCUGCUCAGGUCAGAAACUUCCCACUCCCCGGUCGUCUUGAAUAUCUUCUGAACAUAAUUAAUCAAACGAGACACUGCAGCAACCAACCAGUUUGCUUUCACUUCAUUUCUUAUAAAGUCACUGUCCGGGAAUAUGAUCAAUUUGAGGGUUGGGUGGGGGAGUGCGGCUACAGUAGAUGGUAGACACACAAUUACAUUUAAUUUUAUAUACAUAGUAGAUAAAAAAUUGAAUGGUGGUUGUAUAAAUACUUUGCAGAUUGUUGCCAUUGUGAUCAAAUUUGGGUAACGUCUUCUCAUAAGAAUGUGAUGCUCAAGUUUGGCAGGUCUCCUUUGGGUCUUUGAAUCCUACUAGAUUUCAUCUGAAGACAAACCUGCAGCAUGUGUACAGAUGAUCAGAACUGAGAAAUGUGUCAGGCAAGUCCAGAUGAACCGGUUCAACUUUAUUUGAUUUUUUUUUUUUAAUCUGGAUUAUUGAGCAUGCAUAAAGACGCCUUGAUCCUUAGUUUCUAGAUGUUAGGACCGGGCCUGAAUGUCAAAAAUUGAAACUGGGACAAUGAGAUGAGGAAGGAGGAUUCUAAGGAACAAAGAAGACUCGUGUCACGCCAUGUCAUUCCCCCAAGAAAUGUGUUGUGUUGUCGUAAACUUUAAAAUGUGAACGCUGCUGCACUCCUGCCACAUAGUGAGCAAGCAUGGCGUAUGAAGGGAGUAGGUAGCUUGAGAUAUUGAAAUGGGGCAUGUUGGCUAUAUGAUUUGAGGGGAGGGGGGCUAUGAUCAUAUUACUGGAGUGAAAAUUUAAGUGUCAAUUACAGCUGCUGUCUUUUUUAAUAAAAUAUUGAAUUUCACCUGGUAUGCGUUUGAUGUAUGUUGAGAUUGUUGGCAGAACUUGCUUAUCCACAUGUUAGGUGAACACUGGUCACUUUGUGGGAGGAAGGUAUUUUUUCCCAUAGUUGUCUUCCAUGUCCCUGAGAAAUGUCUUAUUGUGGGGUCCCUCAGUGCACUGCCUCAGAGGUAGCGAGAUGCUGACCUGUCAAUGUACUGGAGAAAUGGAAACUAACUUUGACCUGUCUCAACACCAACCUUUUAAAUGACACAAUAAGUACUCUUGGUUGAACCUUAACUUGUGAGAUCUGAAAAUGAUGAAUUCAAAUUUAAAAUCGUUUUGCUCUGCAAAAAUGCUUUUUUUCAGUUGAAUAAAGUUCAGUGGUGUAACUUAGUAAA